CCUAAAUGGUUUGGAAAGAAUAUCCCAAACCAACUACAUUCCAACUCAGCAAGAUGUCCUGCGGACAAGAGUGAAGACCACAGGCAUUGUGGAAACUCAUUUCACCUUCAAAGAACUGUACUUCAAGAUGUUUGACGUAGGCGGCCAAAGAUCAGGACGAAAAAAGUGGAUUCACUGUUUUGAAGGAGUGACAGCAAUCAUCUUCGGUGUGGCCCUCAGUGACUAUGACCUUGUUCUGGCUGGGGAUGAGGAGAUGAACCGAAUGCAUGAAAGCAUGAAACUGUUUGACAGCAUUUGUAACAACAACUGGUUUACAGACACUUCAAUCAUUCUCUUCCUCGACAAGAAAGAUCUUUUUGAGGAAAAAAUAAAGAGGAGUCCAUUAACUAUCUGUUAUCCAGAAUACACGGGUUCCAACACGUACGAAGAGGCAGCUGCGUACAUCCAGUGUCGGUUUGAAGACCUGAACAGAAGGAAGGACACCACGGAGAACUACACCCACUUCAGCUGUGCCACCGACACCAAGAACGUGCAGUUUGUUUCUGACGCUGUCACGGAUGUCAUCAUUAAGCACAACUUGAAGGAGUGUGGGCUUUACUGAAGCGAGUGGGCGUGGAACCAAAGUUAUUACAUGUGGAGUGUUGAGACCAGACCUCUCCUGCUGUCUCCUUGGCAGCAGCGAGCAUGACCGGGACCAGGGAUGGCGGCAGCAUGCAGAACUCUAGCGCUCUUUGGCACAGUCUUCUGUAGUAGGGACUCUUAAUUGACACGAGAUGCUCAAGUCAAACAUGGAAUUGGACAGCCGUAAAGUAUGAAUCAAGACAUCACUUGGAUUUCAAAAUCUCAGAUGUUAGAGCAGAUGAGAAGUUGAGGUGCUGCAUUCCAGAACUUCAAUAUGUAGCUAUUUUUUUCCUUGUUAACAGACCAUCAGUUUACUUUUAAGGUUUUUUUUUCCCCCAUCAAGAAUACAAAAUUUUAUUUC